GCCACAGUUGAUCUGCUUUUAUAGAGUCACACGUUCAGAUUCUGCAUCAUUUUGCUCUCCUUGAACAUCCCAGCUCACAUGUCUGCAGAGAGGUUUGGAUUCGGCUUGUAACGUCUCUGCCAAAAUGUGCCUUUUCAGAGCGGCCCUGCUGUUUGCUGCACUGGAUUUCAUUUCCUGUGCCACAUUUCUAGCACCUUUAAACAUGGGAGGAGUCACAGGCCAAGUGCAGUUUGACUCYGACAACCAGACAGCCACCUUAAACGUGUCAGGUGCAGGAUCCUGCGCUGCAGUAAACAUUUCCCUCACUGUGUUUCCCGUCAUGUACGGCCACUUCGCUCAACCCUGCUCUGAGGCAAACAUUGGUGUCAACGUCUUCACCUUCACUGCCAAUCCUUCCUCCGCCUCUCCCAUCAAUGUGUCACUUCUCUUUGAACAAAAAUCAAACUUGGAUGACCUGUCAGUGUCUUUGGAGACAUGUGACGGCAUUAAAGUAUGCACAGUUGUAAGUCGAGGUCAGACACAACUGACUCGCCAGGCGAGAUUCACAGAGUCUGYUGCUGGUAACAUUUACAUACGUGCUAAUGUAAAUAAUGGCAACCCUAGGCUUCUUGCUGACCUCGUGACUAUUGGUCAGGUGAAUGCCCCAGAAAUCAGCAUCAACAUCUUUGGAUCCACAAGUACAGCAGCUAAUUGUAACAUACUGCUUGAUAGAUUAGAUGAAGCAUCUUUAACAAAUCUGGGAAGUGUGAAAGUCGGAAACCCUACGAGUCCUCAGAAAUCCCGUCUGGAUUUUAGUAGCUUUACAGAGUACUCGUAUCUUCUUCUCAAGGUGGGGUCCAGUUACAAGUGUGCUCAGGUAUACAACAUACCAGAGAAAGAAGUSAGAGCUGUCAUGAACAUGAGAGGAAUCAGUGGAUAUUUCAACUUCCGUCAGGCUUCACCGUUUGACGUGACACAGCUUAGCGUGAAUCUGACAAACUUAAGGGAAUUAGUUGGCCCCUACCACGUCCACAAUUUCCCCGUCCCUUCAGUCAGGUCAGGCCAGUGCUCAAAUGAUAAUGUGGGUGGACACUGGAAUCCGUUUGCUGUUGACACAACUUCUCCACCAUACCCUGCAGGGCCUGGAUCAACUCAUGACAAGUAUGAGAUAGGUGACCUGAGUGGCAAACAYAUGUCUCUUUCUGGUAGAAGUACAUUUCAAAUGACAUUCACUGACUUCAACCUUCCUCUUUUUGGACAGAACAGCAUUGUAGGUCGCUCAGUUGUGAUUCACCUGGUCGGUGGUGACAGGUACGCGUGUGCCAGCAUUGGCUAUCCUGGUGCAGUGACAGUAGCCAGUGCCACAUUUCAGACCCCUGUGGUGGGAAAGAUUAUCUUUACUCAGUUGGUGAACAAUCCUUUGUCAGAUGUGUCCAUCUUUAUGGAUCUGUCGUACGGAGAUCCCACRACAAUAACAACUCAAAACCAUAACUGGCASGUUCAUGWAUUCCCCAUUAGCUCAGAKAGGGAUGAUGAYRAAGGGAGGUGUAUCACAACAGGWGRYCACUGGAAUCCUUUUAAGAUYAACACAACUGAURSSAGCUACGCCCUUCACUGCAAACCAUCCUGSCCCCKAUGUUGUGAGGCCGGCGACYUCGCCAACAARYAYACCACCAUUAAUCUUGACACCRACAUAGGCRRCGUGAARUCCAAACACUUUUUYACUGACGUGACUUCCUGGUUAGACAUAWMUGGCAUUACUGGUCGUUCUGUGGUCAUCCAUGAAGCAGAAAGGGGAGGCCYGAGGAUCGCUUGUGCMAAUGUUACUGARGUCCRGGUCCCUACAGCYAGKUUAGGGACAUGGUUUGGCCSUGUAUCAUCCAGAGGCCAGGUGAAAUUCUCACAAGCUGUUCCUCAAGGCCCUACAGRAAUCACUGUGUCCUUAGAAAACYUGCAGUCCUUAGCUGGAGGCUACCAUGUCCAYAUMUUGCCCAUUAUUGUUGGCAGCAGUGAUCCUUGCUCAAAURCARAYAUCCUUGGCMACUUUAACCCAYUGGCCUGGAAMAYAKCUAGCUCUCCCUCACCCGGUGUGGGCACCGUGGACCAAUAUGAGAUAGGGGACAUCAGUGGGAAGUUUGGGAUGCUUACURGCCAGAAYAWSWUUAAMGCUGUCUACAUGGACCCGAACAUGCCGCUUACUGGACCUUACARCAUCAUGGGAAGAUCUGUYGYAGUYCACUACACCRAUGGMUCACGGUAA